CGAUGUAAAAGCAGAAGUCGCUGAAACUUUGCCAGUUUCAAUCCGGGUAUUUUCGUGCGGUUGUAAGGAUUCAGUGCUUGUGUUUGUAUACAAUUAAUCGACAUGGCGGUUCAAAUGCAGCCCAGUUUUAUUCUCCCCGAGAAGUUUGAAAAGCUCAAAUUUACUGAUUUUGUGUCCGUCGAUUCAGUCUCCACCCCCUCGACACCUUCCACCCCUUGUAGUCCUCCUGUCGAUCCCUUCAGUAUCGAAGUGAUCACAGCGGAUGACAGGGAGGAAGUCCUGAGGUUCUUGAGGACUUUUUUCAUCCGGGACGAGCCCUUGAACCACAGUAUUGGACUUCUGGACGGCAAGGAAACCUGUGCGGAGCUUGAGUCGUAUUCCAUCAAAGAUUUGGACAGUGGACUUAAUCUAAAAGCGGUUUCCAAUGGGAAAAUAAUCGGGGUUUGUCUCAACGGUAUCUUGAACCGGGGAUAUUUGAACGAGAUUGAAGAAGCGAACUGCGAUGAUAAGAAGUUUGAGAAAAUUUUGAGGCUCCUCGACCAUGUUGCAGUCGAGUCAAACAUUUUCUCGCAUUUUCCCGACGUGGAUAAAGCCAUGACUGUGAAAAUCCUCUCUGUGGAUAGUUCGCUGCGAGGCCGAGGGAUUGCAAAGGACCUGAUGAAUAGGACUAGAGACCUUGCCCGAGAACUGGGUUGUGGUAUAAUGACCGCUGAUUGCACGAGUCAUUUCACAGCAAGGGCUUUGAAGAAACUAGGAUUUGAAUGCAUUUACUCUCUAAAUUACAAAGACUACAAAGUUAAUGGCGAAGUCGUGUUUACUCCAGAGACACCCCAUGCCGCCGUUACCGUCUAUACUCAAAGAAUUGUGUAAUCGUGGCACAAGUUGCACUUUUGGUUUCCCAAAGUCGCACAAUUUGCUUGGUGUCUGUGCUUGUGGAACAUUUUUUUUUUUAACACAUUCCCUCUGGAAAUUUAAGUUUUAAGACAAUUAAUUAUCUAACAAAUGUGGAUAAUUGUUCUUUUUUGAUGUAUUCGUUUUGGAAUACGUGGUUUAGGUUUUAUUUGAUUUGAGAAGCUACAAUGUUUGUUUAAAUAUUUACAUGGAUUUUACUCAUUGAUGUAUUAUGUAAAAAAGUUUUUAAAUAAAUAAAACGUCUUUUAUUCUUCUCUUCA